AUGGAUUUAUCUGAGAGCUCAACAACAAUAAUCCGUGGCAGGGGAAAGAAUAAAAGGAAGUGGACUGUUGCCGAGGAUGAUGAAUUGGUUAAAGCCUUGUAUGAGAUAUCUUUGGACCCAAGGUGGAAGGGCGAGGGAGGCUUUAAGAAUGGAUAUUGUUCAGUGCUUGAGACUCAUCUGGCUGAAAAGUUACCUAACUGUGGAAUAUCUGCUGUUCCCCACAUUGAGUCAAGAGUAAGGCACUUUAGAACAAAGUUCGGGGCACUGGAGGUAAUGCUUAACAAAAGUGGCUUCAACUGGGAUGAGAAUAGAAAGAUGCUUCAAUGUGAAAAAACACAAUAUGAAGCACAUUGUAAGUAUCAUCCUGAAGCGAAGGGCCUAUAUGGUGUUGCUUUCCCUUAUUAUGAUUCAUUGGCUGCCGUAUAUGGGAGUGACAUAGCUACUGGUGAAGGUGCAGAAGGGCUUAGCGAAGCAGUUGAAAAUAUAGAGAAAGAACUUGCAGUUGAAGGUGGUAACCAUCAAGAGGAGGAGGAUAGAAUGUCUAGAGAAACCCCUAGACGCUCUACUGACUCAGCUUCAUCAAGCUUGAAGAGGCGGAAGACAGAUAGGAAGGGAAAGGAUCAUGUAUCUGCAACAUCAAGUGACCCUAUUUUGGACAUGUUACAUGAAGUUCAAGGUGAUCUAAAGGGUGUGUCUACAAAUAUUGGGAAAAUGGCAGCAGUGAUGGAACGUGAGGUCGCUGUUCAAGAGAAAAAUUCUAAAGAGGAUCAUCAACAGAAGUUAAGAGAAAAGGCUACAGCAGAGCUGCGCAAGCUUGGGUUCACAGGGAGCGAACAAGUCAAAGCUGCUAGUGUGUUUGUGAGAAUUCCAGAUCAAAUGAGCAUGCUGUUAACGUUGGAUGAGACACUGAGGAGAGAAUUUAUCCUAAACAUGCUUGGUAUGUGA